UUAAACAUGGGCGCGGAUGUCGUGUAUGUGUCAGUGUCGAAGAAUUUAAUUUUCUUUGUUUAUUUUACUUUUAUUGACUUUUCUUAUUUAUUUUCGUAACUAUUCUUCAAACUCAUGGUUUAUUUGUUUUGGACUACGUUUUGAAUAUGGGUACAAGCACAAUGGGUAGCGAUUUGCACUCAGAUAAGCAGGAUAAGCUUCUGAAGCUUCAAGCUCGUAAGAAGGAAUUGGAGCAAAUGCUCGCAGCCAAAAAUGAGGAGCUAUACAAGUUGUGCGUCCAAGAAGUUCAGCUGACGGGUAUUAUGCCCCCUGAGGCGCCUUUGAGCCCAGAAGUACCGCAGCGUGAAAGACUCGGGAGUGUGAAAAGUAUCGAUAGAUCUACAGAUGGGAACGAUGUCCACGACGGCUCCGACACAUCGUCUCGUCGCCUGCGAGCCGGUACUGGGGACCGCAUGCUCGAUAGCGAUCAGAAUGCACGCAAAAACCUUACACACAGACUAUCCACUCCCUCCAUAUCGGGUAUUUCGACUAAAAGUUCUCACUCACGACACAUGAGGCGUCCAGAAACGAGCUGUUCCAAUUUCUUCCCUUCGCCGCCUCAGGAUCGAAACGCAGAUACGUUUUCUAUUCACACGUCGCACACAUAUCCUGCUUUAGCAGGUCGUCAUGAGCCUACACCAGAAAAUAUGCACAAUGAUCUGCAAGGGCCCAUGCAUAGACACCAUACAAUGACGACUGAAUAUAUGAAUAAGAUAUACUACAAUGGUGCUCCAGAUGCUCAUAAUGUUUCCCGAUUAAGAGAAACCCACUUUAGUUCUAGCCAUCCUGACAUUACCACCCAUCACACUCAUGGCAGUGUUGCUCCUCACCCAGUUCCGAAUGGCAUGCGUAAUAUACCGUUGCUGUAUCAAUAUGCAUCCCACUUAAAAGGUCAGAAUCAACACCUGAGCGCUCUGCACCAUCAUCAAAUGCAGGGACAGACCAAACGGAGACCAGAAGCCGUCCGCAGAAAUACUUUACAGAGAACCCAAACUUAUCAUCUCACCUCCCACAGCGACUAUAAUCACCAUCUAGAAAAUAUAACUGACAAUUACCGGCCUCCAAUGUCAGCGUACCAACACAGAUCUCAACCGGAUAUCCAGGAACAAUCUGAUAGAUUGCAUUUACCUAUAGAGAGAGUUGCAACCGUGCCCAACACACUGCCAUUGCGGGAACGUAAUGUUAUUAGAAACCCGGUGCAUAUGCAGCAACUGCAAGUUUCAACUGAUGACUACACUCGAGACGAUAGGCGUGCGUACCCUGAUGCCAUGAGCCCAGUGAGCCAGCUCUCAGGGUACUCCCAAUCAAACUUCGAUACUGUGAGUAUGAACAAGUUUUCACCACUCUCUCAAAAUGACCUGAAAGUGAAGGAAAAACAAUGGUACGAAACAUCUUUAGAUUCGCCAACGAAAUCAGAAGCUCCUCUCUUGAAAAAGUCAUCGAGCUUAAAAAGGACUUCUAGUAUAGGGAACUCUCAAGCUUACGAGAUAAUGAUCUCAUCGGGUAGACAUUCUGCGAUGCAGAGUCCUAACCAAGUGCCUCAUAGUCCGCCUGUUUUGUCUCCGAGUGCUGUAUCACUUGAUUCUCCGAAAAAUUUGACAGUUAUAGAGCAGGGCAAAUGUAUACCGUAUAGAGAGGAGACAAAACCGUUUGAAAUGUCAGAUUUUUACAAAUACUCAACAAAGUUUAGACAAGCGAAUGCUCAGAAGCCUCCACCUGCCAAUCCAGUGCCAAGUGUAAAUAAUGUGUACAACAAAAUGCCUAUGGAAUUGCCCCCAUACUCCCAGGACCAUUGGCACGGACAAAAUAACUAGUUUAAGUUUUUAUUCUACCAGUUUAUAAUGUGUUCUGAAUUCCUAGAAUUCAAAGGAUUCUUGAAUCUUUGUUUUACUAACUUUAUUUUAAGGCAACUUUUAUUAUAUUAUUUAAUCUCUUAGUUAGCAAUGGUACUUAUGGUAGGCUGCUAUUUAUUACAGCCAAUUAGAAUAAUUUGUGAAUAAAUCCUUAUGUUGAACAAAAACAAUAUCAGCCUUCUUGCAAACAGAAAGAUAUUAUGCUUCAGUAGGUAUAUGAAAAUUGAGAAUGAUCUCUCCUUAAGUAAAUAAUUUUUCAUUAAACCUACCCCAAUAACUUCAAGGAAAUGAUUAUUUCUU